UCCUCCUCCUCCUCGGAGCCGCUGCAGCCGGCGGGCGAGGGCGACGAGGGACGGGUCCACCUGAGCGCCAGCUGCGUGAAGAGGCUGCUGGAGAUCGCCGAGGGCGACGAGUUCCUGCGGCUCCAGGUGGAAGGAGGCGGCUGCUCCGGCUUCCAGUACAAGUUCUCCCUGGACACGGUCAUCCAGCCCGAUGACAGGGUGUUUGAGCAAGGCGGCGCCCGCGUGGUGGUCGACGUGGACAGCCUGGCCUUCGUGAAGGGCUCCAUGGUGGACUUCAGCCAGGAGCUGAUCCGCAGCUCCUUCCAGGUGGUGAGCAACCCGCAGGCCGAGAAGGGCUGCUCCUGCGGCACCUCCUUCUCUGUCAAGUUCUGACUGGACUUCUGUGGGCGGACGGAGCCCGCCGGCAGCCCCGAGGGGUUUCCCCUCUCCUCUUCGCAGCGGCUGCCCCAUCCCCUCGCCCUGUAACAUGGCUGCCGCGGGUGGCUCCGGCUCCGCUCAUCCCGCGGAGCCGCUGGCCUCUCCUU